UGAGCAGGUACCCUUUUAUUAUUGUCCACAAUUAAGUUUAUAAUUAAUAAUUCAAUAUUAAAUGGUAGGAAAAUUGCACUUUUGAUAACUUCACAAUCGUAUGUGCACAUACAAUAAAGAAACUUAUAUUAAAAAUCUGCAUUUACAAAUUUUCUUAGUUUAUUUGAAUUUUCAAAAUCAGGGAAUUACAGGGAACUUUUUUUACAAAAUUUGAACAGGUACCCUAUAAUGCAUUCGAAAUGCAAAAUGUCACGCGCUCAAGUGCGGGAGUGUCGUGUAAAGUAUCGCGCGCUUAAUUAAAUGCGGAAGUGUCAUAUGAAGUUGUAAAGUAUCGCGCACUUAAGUCCGAGAGCACCGUCCAAAGUAAAGUAUCGCGCCUUUUGAUGCGGGAGUGUCGUUUAAAGUGUCGGGCGUUUUAGUGUGGGAGUGUCGUUCAAAUUUCAAGUAUUGCGCGUGUAAAUUUAGGAUUUCUACCUGAAAAUCCUGACUAGGAAAUCUGAGAGAAGGCGCCAGCGGAGCAACCUUGCGAUCAACGUAGCUUCGUAGUCAUUUAUUAACUCCGCUGUUGUGCAUCGAUUGAGAUGACGCCGAGAAGAGCGCUUUAUCUGCUUCUGACGAUCUUGACGUUAGAGGGAUCGCAAUGCAACACGAGGUACUUCGUAAAAAUGAGGACGAACGCGUCCGAACUGUUCAAAACGAAGGCCGACAAUUUGCGGAUACUCCAGGAUCCGAUAGCGAUCACCCCGAAUUCUCUGUACGACGAUAACGCGAGAAACGAGGGCGAAAUCGAGGAUGAGAGGAUAACCAAAGAAAUAUCGAACGUUCAGUACACUCGGAGAAACUCCUUCGUCGAGACGUCGACUUUCAAUCCGGACGUGCUCAACAAGUUUCUCGAGGAAUACGCGAACAAGAUAAAGAGCACCACCGAGAAGAGCUUCAAGUAUCCCUUCAGAAUCGUGAAACCACCUGCGGAGCCGCUCGUCCUCGAAGUCGACGACGACACCGAAGCCACGACAAUUCGCAAACAGGAUGGAAAGUUCGAUCAGAAUGUUACUUUGGCAGAAAAUGAUAAGCUAAGCGAGUCGCUGAACGACACCUUGAAGAGGAACAAAUAUUACGGUACAAAUACUUACGAGGACAGGAACGGCUGGGUGACGUUAGAAGCAAUUCCGUGGUCUAAGAGCAAAAUUUCCAAGUGGCAGGCCAAUCCUAGCACGCAACGACCUUGGCCGGAGAUAAAGCCGUGGGAUAAACCGAGCAUGAAACCAUGGGCCAGCGACUAUACCAUCAGACCCACUUAUGAAAACAACAAACCGUGGUACGACAAGCCGAAACCGAAUUGGUCGGAUAACAACGAGAAGCCGUAUCAGAAACCGAUUUCCCGUCCCUCUUACAACUCCGACGACAACACCGCGCAAAAGUGGCCGUACUGGAACAAGUACGAGGCCCAUCGUCCGAACAGCGACAUCAUCACGGACGACAAACCGGCCAACUUCCCCAACACUUGGUCCAGGCCUCAGACUCAGACGUCUCCCUAUCACUUUAUCGACAAAUACGCGGAUAAGGAUCAGUCGGGAGAUGGAAGCAAUUGGCACGAUUACCCGUCCAAGUACGAGCAAGACCUACCCACCCUGAUCACGGAGCGGCCGAACUUCUCGCAUUAUCAGUACGUGAACAAUCAUCCGCCGAAUCAUCCGGCGAGCGGCGACGGUCAGUGGAUCCUCCUGUCGACGAAUCGCGGAUACUCCAAGUCGAGACAGAGGUCCAUCAAGAUCGACACGGUCAACGUUCCGGAGACGUUCAGGACUAAUGUAACCAACCGCGGAAAUGCGAACAGACAGAGCAGGCCCUCGCUACCCGUCAUUACAUCCAAGCGCCAGGUCAGGUUGACGGUGUUGCCGUCGAUCAACGGCACGAACACGACGACGUCUCACGGAGGUCUUCUGGAGGUCGAGAAGACGUUCAUGAGCGUCGAUCAGAGCCGCAAGGAGUACGAGAUGCAGAGGCUGACGACCGAAGCGAAUAUCCAGAAUACCACGAACAAAAGACCGAUCAGGCACACUUUGAGCGAACCGUCGAGUUCGGCGGUUCUGGCAGCAGUCGGAGCAGGUAUGUUGCCGGCGACAAUGGCAAUGAUGAUACCGAUGAUGCUGGGUCGUCGAAAAAGAGAUUUGAGUCUGACAGAUCACGGCUUGAACAAGUCCUACGAUCUCCAAAUGAAUCUGCAUGAGCACGCGAGGGAAUAUAACACCCAACAAAGGAGACCGAUAGGACUGUAGAAAUUAAGGUAGAGCAGAACCACUCGUUCAGCAUUUAAAAAAAUACUUAUUGACGGCAACGCAGAAAAAUGGAGAAUGAAACGCGCGAUAUAUGCAAAUGACUUGGAUGUUUCAAACUCGGGACAAAACAUUGAGAAUUGAAAAACAAUCACGGUAGGUACUAUUGAAUAAUUCGCUUAUAAAUCUAUUUUUACUCAAAAUUUAAAUGAAAAUAUAAUUUCGAUUUGUGCACAUCAGAUUUUAAACUGAUAUAAAUACAAUAUA